AAAUGUUACAAAUGGAAAUGCGCAGUAUUGAGAGACUCGUCCUCCAGAGGUUUAGCUUCAGUUGACAUAUCACGUUUAAUAAAAGAUGAGUCAGUCUUCAUCCUACCGCAGAGAUACUGCCUCGGCAUCUCCUGAGAGCCUUAAAGAAGGUGACUUCCUCCCUCGACAUCUUUAUGACAACCCGAAGAGCCUGGAGGAGAAGGAGACAUGUGACGACCAGAAAGAUCCCCUUGUUAACAUCACAACCGACGACUACGCCGGCUCUCCUUUCAACAUUCAAGUCAGCGCACCACCGGCGGCAAAUGACCUUGGAAAACUUUGUGCCGCCGUGCUUCCGCAAGAACGACUGAGGAAGAAAAGUGAUUGGAGAGAAGCCAGAUGCUUCAGUACAUCGCUUACAGAAAAGGGGCCACCCGUCUCACCAGAGCCGGGUGGUGGGUUCAUUACUUUGGUGGGCGCUCAGAGCCAGACGGAUUGGAAGUGGGUGGAACAGAGAAUCUCUCUCGGCUGUCAAGCUGAAAGAGGGGAUCCCGAGUUGUUGCAAGCAGAGGGAAUGGACAUUAUUGCUCAUUUGUCUGAGGAGCCAUGUGAUGAAACGAUGGCAAAGGCAGAGUACGACAUACCUGGUGUGGGUCCACCUCGUCUUAUAGCACACGAGCCGGAGCCAAAACGAGCGCUUCACGUUGCAAAGGUUCCAGAGGUUGAAUCUAAACAGGGUUUGCUACUCGCUCACCUCUUCUUUUGCCAGCAGCUCUGUCAGCCAUUCGUACAAAGCCAACCGUUAGAAAAUGAAACGAACCUUCAGUGGGUUUUUUGGAGUGAGCAAGCAAAACAAAUUAGAGAGCUUAUACAGGGAGAGAAAGAGAAGUUGGAACAGAAGGAGUCCGAUAGGAAGAUUGAUGUGAACCCGCAUGCCUCCGUCAUGAGUGAUGAGGAGAGGGAAGCUGCUAAGGCGCUGGCCAUUGAGAGUUUGAGAGAUUCGCAACUCCAGAGAAUACUGACAAUAGACGACUCAAACAGCUCCAGUAAGUAUGCAACAAGUCAAUUUAGUACAAAUUAAAGAAGUCAAAUGUGGAAUAUCUUAUUUUUGUCAUUGACAAAAUAUAUAUUAUCCUUUUAUUGGCCGUAAUGAGAUAAAGAAGAAAACAUCAAAGAGCCCGUCGAAAAUGGUUCCCCAAAUCAAUGAUCAGUCGCAGAUCCCUGAACUGCAUAUUAACAAAGCGACUGACUGGUUUACACAUGAGGAAGGAACAGAUGGUGAGCCAAAGGUGUGUUUGAAAGCUGCAUCACAUAAUGACAUUGCUGUUAAGUGCUUUAUCCCGAAUUCUGAACCACUCAAAAGUUUGCACAUGUUCAAUUGAAUGAGAAAUUUUGACUGGUUCUGUAUAUUUACCAGAAAUGUAAUGGGAAACGGGACUACUUUGUCAUUCCAGUUGAAAGAAACAAUUAAGCGGUUCUACAAAAGUGGGAAAUGUUUCAUUACCUUGUUUCCAGAUGGGACAGGUAAUGUUUUGUAUCCUUUUAAGAAGAAGUGCACAAAGCGAAAGAUGAAGGACUUGGUCAAAGUAGAGAGUCGGUACACAUUUGUUCCUUUUGAUAAAAGAUUCAAACGAUGUAAAUGAGCCUUAAUAGGUAAGUUAUCCUUCUGGGAAAGCAGCCAUUAUAGUGUCCUCUGCAGCAGCCGCUGACUUCACUUACAUCAUCUUGGAGGACAAGGACGUCGCUCCGAGCAUCAAAGGCAUUUUCACAAACAAAGGCCACGCCACAUGCUAUCAUCCCAAUGGAACCAUUCGGUAAUUAUUACUCUAUGAUAACUGCUAUUACGCUCAUUUAGACAAAGAAAAUAAGGGCUUAAAGCCAUAGCUCCACAUUUUUGGUCGUCUGGCAUGGAGUUUGACGAGAGGGUCGUUACAUACUUUUUACUGCAAAGUUUAUGAAGCCAGCAGCUUCGAGAUCGGAUUGAAGGGUAAACAGCUAGCCAAGCGCUGUUCUGGCUUGUUUGUGUCGUCAAUACAAAAGGUAAGUAAGGUUUGGCAAUACCACUCUGCAAGUGAUUAUGUGCCAGACUUAUUCUAAUUAAUACAACGAUAGAAAAUCCAGGAAUUAAUUAACUCAAAUUAACGUUUUUCUUUUUUCUUAUUUGUGUGUGUGGAUUUAUCUGAGGAGGUGCUGAAGAGCUUGUGGUUCCCCUCGGACUACACAGUGGUCAUGCUAGCUCAUUGAAGCGGUGUUAGCAACGUUCUCAUCCAACUCUCGACCAGAAAGUCGAUAUUGCAUAUUUCCCAGAAUGUCAAACUCGUCCUUUCACUCAUUCCUUUCGCUAUGAAUCUAAUUUGUCAAAAAAAAAAAUCUUAACUGUUUAUUAUGUAACUUAGACACUAAAUAUCCUCUUUUCUGAAAUUACUUUUUGACCAGAGAUACUUUUGGGAUUAACCUGCUGUCCCGAUGCUUUGGUCUGUUGCUAAUCUGUGUGUGUGUGUGUGUGUCCAAAGGUUGAA